GUACCUCUGUCCCUCCAUGUGCAGCGACGUCGUCUCGAUUUCUGACACUGAGACGUUUUCGCUUGGAGCGGAAUCGCCGUUCGACUCUGCUUUUGACUUUCCGGAACUUGUAGUGUCGGAUAUGCCAUCUCAAAUAGGUUCAGAGAUAGAUGACAACCUCUUGCCGUCGCCCCCUCCUUUCGAUGCGGGAAGUCAUCCCUUGGGCGCACCACCAUACUCUACGAAGAAUGAGCCUCCCAGUCCCAGACAUUCGCGGUAUUGGAUGGACGAUGAAAUGAUAAAGGUUCAGGUGAUCUUAUUCCUUAUUCGCAUCUCAUACGUGUUAUGUGGAGGACACGAUGUUCAGAGUUCACGGAGCCGUCUUCAAGCACAACUCGAAAUCAGAAGAGUUCCUCUCGCAAUCACGGAGGGGCGACGUUGUCGUAAUGGAGGAAUUCUCAGCUCUGGACUUCGAGCGCUUUCUCGAUGUACUCUUCACUGGGCACUCUGCGAUGACCGCUGACGAGUGGAUGUCGGUCAUGGGUGUCGCAUGCGUCCUGAACUACGGGUCCAUCCGUCAGCUUGCAGUCCACGAGCUCUCUUCGAUCGCUUCUCCUGUUGAUCGAAUCCUGUGCGCGCGCAACUACGGGAUCGCAGAUUGGCUGUCGGACGCAUACUUACCCCUUAACCCUCGCGAAGACCCCUUAACCCUCGCGGAGGGCCGUCGCCUAGGCGUCGAUGAGGUGAUAUGCAUCAAUACUUUGCGUCAUCAACUCAUGAAGGAUCCGUCGCUGUCGUCCUCCGACGUCAAGUCGUUGGUAGUUGGCAGGCUGUCGCAUGCCAGCAAAGACGGCCUCGCAGAUCCUCAGAAUGCCGCUGCGUGCGUUGAACAGGACACCGAUGGAGAUCACGGCACGUAUCUUGGCCCAGAGGAUCCCUCUCCUUCCGAGUCUGAGAAUGCGUACCCCACCGUCGUUCACUUCACAUGCCCUCACGGAAAGGCAGGAUCGUUCCCUCCUCCAUACCGCAGGCCGAUGCUGGACAUACCAGAUGUCAAUGGAGUGUCCAUUGUUAAACGUCCAUCAUUCUCCGAGACUGUUAGCGAUGACGCUUGUCAUCUGAAAUGUCGAACUUUGGGCGAAAGAAGAAGCGUAUGCAUCUCCUGGCACGGUUAUGAUUUGCGGGUCGCGGUUUUCGAUACACUCGGGGUUCUUCUGAAUGGGGUGCGGACAUACGAAACGUCGAUCGUACUCGCGCACGCGGACGUCAUCGUAUUCUGUGAUGACUUGGUGGACGACGAAGGGCGCAUCGUGUUUCAAUUCGGCAAGCCCUAUAUCGCAUGCAGGGAAGACACGACUUUCUCCAGCACAAGCUUGACCUCGACGGGCAGAGGGCCGAAGGGCAAAAAGUGCCGGAGCUCGUCGCUGUCUUCGGCGGUUGAACCCGUCGAGGACAAAGCGCUAAUCAGCUCAUUCGACGAGGCCGCUGCUGCAUCAGCCUUGAAGUUGGCUGCUUGGGAGUGGUGCACUCAGAACUGUUCUGGAACUCGUGUCCUUGACUCAGGAUGCGAGAAAGUGCGAGACUAUGCGUUAGACGAUCUGAAGUCACGGCACGAAACGGCCUCUUUGAGACUCAUCAGGAAUGCCUUGUGUAAUACUGUUCCCUCCUUCCUUCCUUAG